AUGUGAUUGGUUAGAAAGCGUGUCAGCGUUUGAAUGGGGUUCUCCGUAUCCAUCUUACUGUGAUGUACAUAGGCACGAGCUAUAACAAUGGAAGCAUUAAGAGUUCUGUCUGUCUUUCUGGAUGUCAUUUUAGUGGCUUUCAUGUUUGCCCAAUGCGGCGCUCGUGAUCUGGACUCCAGCUACGUUACGUGUGGAUCUGUGGUCAAACUGCUGAACACUCGUCACAGCGUCAGACUUCACUCGCAUGAUGUCAAAUACGGAUCAGGAAGUGGCCAGCAGUCAGUAACCGGUGUGGAUUCUGCCGAUGAUGCCAACAGCUACUGGCGUAUCCGUGGAAAACCAGACAAAGUUUGUCAGCGUGGGGAGCCCAUUCGAUGCGGUCAGGCCAUCCGAAUUACACACAUGAAGACCGGACGCAACCUACACUCACAUCACUUUAGCUCUCCACUGUCUAACCAUCAGGAAGUGAGUGCAUUUGGUGAAAAUGGAGAAGGAGAUGAUUUAGACGUAUGGACCGUGCAAUGUGGCGAAACAUACUGGGAACGUGACGACACAGUUCGAAUUAAACACGUUGCCACUGAGGUUUUCCUCAGUGUAACUGGAGAGCAAUACGGUCAACCAAUCAGAGGCCAGCAUGAGGUCCAUGGAAUGCCUUCACCCAAUCAGCAUAACUACUGGAAGGUUAUGGAGGGGGUUUUUAUUCAGCCCAGCAAUGAUCCAGCGCGCCACGAUGAGCUCUGAUGAUUCCACUGGCUACAUUAUCGUAGCAAGCGACUGAGAAUUCCACUCACACAUGCUGUGAAACCCUCUCUAUAACUAAACCUUCAGUUUCUAUAAAGUUUUACUUUUAUUAGUCAAAAUUGUGUGAUGCAAUUUUUGAAAAAUUUCACCUGCAAAAUGAACUUCACAGGCAAAUAGGUUUGUUUUAUUAGAUUGCUAAUGAUUGGAAUGUUUUUUUGUUUUUUUACAAAAGGGAUUACAAUUAAAUGACAUUCCAGGAUUUUGGGGUUUAAAACGGAGUAUUUUUUAUUAUUUAUAUUAGGUUGGAUUACUACUGGAACAAAUGGCAUUGUGCUAUCAAAUAGUGUUUUUGCACACAUGAAAUUCAAUUCUUAAUGGAAAAAUAACAAAUGGUCAUUUCUGCUUUGGUUUAAGUUUAUGUUACUGUAAUACCCAAUAGUUGUUUUCCCCAUCAUACUGUAUAUGACCCGAUAUGUACAUAAUUUGGUGAAAGCUUAAAUAAAGUUUUUGAAAACA